AGAUGGUAACAACCACAGGUCCUCAAGUAUACGAUAUGCAUUUCUUGAUGCUUUCAGAAUCCAGAGCAUUUAAAAUGAUACCAUGCCUCUACUCCUACGCAAUCUCUCUCUCUCUCCGAACAUAAGUACCUCAACUCAAAAGCCAAAAGCCUGAAAGUCCAGAAAGAUACCUUCUUUCCUCAGUUUCAACCGUCAAAACUCGGAAGGGCGCAUACCCAAAAUGCGACCAGUACCAGAACCAGUAGCAGUAGUUGCGGCAGCCGCAGCUCCAUAUGUAAUACACAUCCCUCCACCAAUCUCCUCUACAACAACGACAACAUCAAGAUGUGAAACACACGCUUGCAGGCGACAACCCCACUCAAAUUCUUCGGGAGAUUUUGAAGCAAACGUGGCUAUAGUCCUCAUCGUCCUCCUCUGCGCACUUAUAUGUGCUCUGGCUCUCAAUGGCGCCAUCCGCUGCUUUCUACGCGGUGGUAAUGAUCGCCACCCACCACCAAAUGACAGCAGCAGCCUCCCCGAAAGAGAACAACAGCUACGGCAUCAACGGAAGGAUGCCAUGGAGAAAGGGGCAGCUGAUGAUCCGUUGGUGGCAGCUCCCACGCUGGUGUUCUCGGCUGGGAUGAAGCUGGCUGGUACAGAGGCCGAGUGUGCCAUUUGCUUGUCAGAGUUCGUGGACGGAGAGCGCAUUCGGGUGUUGGGAAAGUGUACGCAUGGGUUCCACGCACACUGCAUCGAGGAAUGGUUCUCCUCCCAAGCCUCGUGCCCCACUUGCCGCAGCAGCUGUCUCCCUGCCUCGCCAUCUUCACAGCUACCAUCCACGUAACCCUGCCAAAGGAAUAUAGCAUCCCAGCAAAAACUCCCAAGCGCCGCCGCUGCAGCUAGGCUAGAUAGCCAAAAACAGGAGUAUUAAUUAUAAUUCGUCAUGUUUUUUUCUUUGGUGGGAUGCAGUAAUUCACAUGCGUAUAUCUACAGAUAGUUAAAUUAGCAAGCUUCUCUCUCUCUCGCGUCUUUGAGGAAGUAUGACAAUCAGACUCAUCCACAUGGAAUCUGAUCAUCAAUUACAAGCAUCAUGCCAUCGCCUCUGCGGCUGCCGGCUGGUGUGUACAUUAACUUGCUUUCCCCAUCGUUUUAAUCGUUUCAGGGUAACAGAGAUAAGCGUUUUGGAUGUUUCUGAACAAUUAUUUCUUAGGUAAAAAAUAUAUUCCUGAUCUCUA